GCUGUAUACCCUUUGACGUCACGAACGCGUGGUCGAGAUAUCAGCCGUUUCAGAAAUCCACCAGGAAUUGUCAGAAACGUUAGAUUUGCUCCAGGUCCAGAUGGAAAACCUAGUGGCUCUUAUUAUUUCCUUGGACGGUCCUACAGUUAUAUUCAAUUUCCAAAUCGAGGAAGGUUGGACACAAGAGGAUCCAUCACACUCUUGGCGUGGAUCUACCAUCAGGGCCACGCGGGGCCUAUCUUUAACUAUAUGCCAAAUGGCUGGGGAGUACACUUCUGGAUGGUUACACCUAAAAUGCUGUUUGCACGGUUUACGCGUCGAAGGGGACGCCGUUUUACAAAGGCGGUGACCAGCAGACGAGUACGACCUAGACAAUGGCAGUUUGUUGGUGCAGUUUACAAUCAGCGAACAGGACGCGCCAAGUUGUUUGUCAAUAAUAGGUUCAGUGCCAAUAAGUAUAUUGGUCGAAUACGAUUGGCUACUAACUACCCCGUCAGGAUGGGAGCUCGUAUUGGAGAUAGAAGGUAUUUCCGGGGACGAAUCUCCUGUAUGCAAGUAUUUUCUCGAGCUCUUACCGCCAGGCAGAUC